AUGGAGGCCUCCGUCUACUCUAGUAGCAAAAGCAAAGAACGCGUGUCGCUGUCGCGUGAGUUCCGAAAGGUUGACAUCGCUAUCGCCUCGAGACUUCUCGAGGAUCAUCAAGCAAAGGUCACAUUCCUCCGUAUCCGUCUCAGUGAUAAAGCCAAGGAGUUGGCGCUAGGUACAAUCUUAGUGGACGAGUAUGCAUUUUACACUCUAGAAGCCAUCCAGAGUGAUCUUCGACUCGCCUUCGAGCCGCCACAAGAAGAGAAUUUGGUGCAAUCGAGGCUCCUGUCCUUAAUACAGGGCAAGAUGUCUGUGUGCGACUACGUGCAGAUAGCUCGACAUCAAGCCUCGUGCAUUGUCACCAAUACCAUGGACAUGUACACACAAGUGAGCGUGUUUGUCGAUGGCAUGCGUGAAGGAAAGACUCGCCUAUCGCUGGAACGCGCGGAGCCUGCCACAUUGGAGGAGGCUUGUGCUAUCGUCCUCCGUGAGGACUUUAAAGUCACCACGGCCUUUACCAAACCUCCCGUUGUUACCGCUGUCAGAUCAGCGGGCCCGGAACUUAUUAAGAUUGAUGCAAUUGAGUCGUCGGUCGGGACAUCGCGAGGCUGCAUGCCGCGCGCCAGCACAGAUGUUGGAGCAUGCGGCGGACACCCAUCAUGA